CUCUUCGCUUGUACCUGUCGGCAGCCACAUGAGAGCGUGUCCGUCUCUCUGUUCCUUUUAGCCUCUCACGGAGCAUAAAAACAAACCCAAACGACAACGAAAACAAAAAGAGAGUUCAAAAUAGUGAAGCAGCUGGCUCCAUUUUAAGAGUCAAGCAAUGAGUCAAGCUGACAGUGAGGAACAGAAGUGAAGAUCUACGCAAGAAUUUAGCUUCGAAAUAUCUAUUCAGAAGAUCAAAUGUUGGUCCAAGACCGUGCAGUUCCGAAAUCUCCGAAACCUCCCCAGAUCAGAACCCUCCCUACACUUCAACAAAGCCGGUUCGCUGAACCCAAAAACCUUGAUUUCUCCACAUGGGUAUCCGAGAAUUUUUACAGAAUCAUAACAAUCUUUGUCCUAAUUUCCACCAUCGCCGCCGUUUUCUUCUUCUACACCUCCACCAACACGGCUUCCCUCCUUUGUCUCCAAUCUCAGACCCAACACGCGAUCGAUUCCAUAUCUUUCCCCCAAAUCAAGUGGAAUUCAAUCAAGCCCAUUGCUGACAAAACGUCGCCGUACGCUAAUUUCAGAUCAGAGCAAUGGGUCGUUGUCUCCGUUGCAAAUUACCCGUCCGACGCGUUGAAAAAGAUGGUGAAGGUUAAAGGGUGGCAGGUUUUGGCAAUCGGGAAUUCGAGGACACCCAGAGAUUGGAGCUUAAAAGGUGCUAUUUUUCUGUCAUUAGAUAUGCAAGCUAAUUUGGGUUUUCGUGUUGUGGAUCAUUUGCCUUAUGAUUCUUAUGUUAGAAAAAGUGUUGGUUAUUUAUUUGCGAUUCAACAUGGUGCUAAAAAGAUCUUUGAUGCUGAUGAUCGGGGGGAAAUAAUUGAUAAUGAUCUAGGGAAACAUUUUGAUGUGGAAUUAGUGGGGGAAGGAGCUAGGCAAGAAGUUAUAUUGCAGUAUAGUCAUGAUAAUCCUAAUAGGACUGUAGUCAACCCUUAUAUUCAUUUCGGGCAACGGUCAGUUUGGCCUAGGGGAUUACCAUUGGAAAAUGUGGGUGAAAUUGGACAUGAGGAGUUUUACACUGAGGUUUUUGGUGGGAAACAGUUUAUACAACAAGGGAUUUCAAAUGGGUUACCGGAUGUUGAUUCUGUGUUUUAUUUUACUAGGAAGUCAGGUUUGGAAGCUUUUGAUAUUAGGUUUGAUGAGCAUGCGCCGAAAGUGGCAUUGCCUCAAGGUAUGAUGGUGCCAUUAAAUUCAUUUAAUACGAUAUAUCAUUCAUCGGCAUUUUGGGCCUUGAUGCUCCCUGUUUCUGUUAGUUCAAUGGCUUCGGAUGUGUUGAGGGGUUAUUGGGGACAGAGGCUUUUGUGGGAGAUUGGUGGUUAUGUUGUUGUGUAUCCAGCUACAGUUCACCGGUAUGACAGAAUUGAGGCAUACCCCUUUUCAGAGGAGAAGGAUCUUCAUGUGAAUGUGGGUCGUUUGAUUAAAUUCUUGGUGUCAUGGAGAUCAAAUAAGCACAGGUUGUUUGAGAAGAUAUUGGAAUUGAGUUAUGCUAUGGCAGAAGAGGGGUUUUGGUCUGAGCAGGACCUCAAGUUUACUGCUGCUUGGCUUCAGGACUUGCUUGCUGUGGGUUAUCAGCAGCCAAGGUUGAUGUCAUUGGAAUUGGACAGGCCACGGGCAAAUAUUGGUCAUGGGGAUCGAAAAGACUUUAUUCCUCAGAAAUUGCCAUCUGUUCAUCUAGCGGUGGAGGAAACAGGGACAGUUAGUUAUGAGAUUGGGAAUUUGAUUCGUUGGAGGAAGAACUUUGGAAAUGUUGUGCUUAUCAUGUUCUGCAGUGGUCCUGUGGAACGUACUGCCUUGGAGUGGAGAUUGCUUUAUGGGCGAAUAUUUAAAACUGUGGUUAUUUUGUCUGCACAGAAGAAUUCAGAUCUUGCUGUCGAAGAAGGUCAAUUAGAUCAAAUUUACAAGCAUCUGCCCAAGAUAUUUGAUCGGUUUUCUAGUGCCGACGGCUUUUUAUUCCUCGAAGAUGAUACCAUUCUUAAUUACUGGAAUCUGCUACAGGCAGAUAAGACUAAGCUAUGGAUUGCAGAUAAGGUAUCCAUGUCUUGGAGUACUGCAUCAACCAAUGGAAAUUCAGAUUGGUAUUCAAAGCAAGCGGACAUGGUAAAGAAAGUUGUUAGUACAAUGCCAGUUCACUUCCAAGUGAAUUAUAAAGAAGUUGUAAGGAGUGACCAGAGCCUCACAAUUUGCAGUUCUGAGAUAUUCUACAUUCCUUGGCGCUUUGUAGCAGACUUUGUUGAUCUUGUUAAUCUGGUUGGGCAUCUAGAAAUCCAUCAAAAGGUUGCCAUACCCAUGUUCUUUUUGUCAAUGGAUUUGCCUCAGAAUUUUGAUUCAGUGCUUAGUAAAAUGGUGUAUAAGCAGGACCUACCUUCUACUAAUUCUUCUUCGACGCAUUAUUCUGCACAAGCACCUGCGGUGCAUCCAUGGAAGGUGUCAAGUGAACAGGAAUUCAUAAGGCUAAUCAGAAUAAUGGCUGAAGGUGAUCCGCUCCUAAUGGAGUUAGUUUGAAGGUGAAAGACGUGCAGUAGUGAGGAGGGGAAAGAAACAUGUACCUACAUUUGUAACUGUGAUACCAAAUACUGUUUUUUUUUUUCUUCUUCUUCUUUUUAUUUCCUUAAUUUUUUCAGGGGAAGGGGUGUUCUUUUUGUAACUUCUCUGUAGAUUCACCUUUGUAUGAUUCAUUUACUGGUUGGAGAUUCCCUCCAAAGAGAAAAUGUGUUCAUCCUGUUCUGUUGGGCUCAUGAAUAUAUGAGUGGAAAAUGUCCAUUGCCAA